CCCAAACUAUUCAGAACACCAUCUACCUACUCAUUUAAUUCUCAGCAACACAUAAAUGUGUUUUACUUUGAUUACUUUGCCAUUACUUGAAGGAACUACGAAGGUAUCUGAACUGUUUUGGCUUGCACAAUUUGUUCGACGGUCCUUUGUUAUACCCCGUUCUCCAUAGUGCCUACUGAAAACCUUUCACAUUCACACUUUCACGCGAAACCAAGAAAUUGAUCAUAUCUCAAGCUUGAGGGCUUUUUUGAAAGACAUACUUACGUCUUCUUCCGCCGAUAACAUUUUAUCAAAAAAUCAAUCCCGAUAUUUCACCAAAAGGCAGAGAAGCCAUACGCGAAACUCAUGAGCGUGUCAAGUCUUGCAGUCCCUACAACUUUCCACACUAUGGUUGACGACACCAUGGAGAUAGCUUCUGAGCAUGGGCAUAACAUUGUCGAGGAAGACAUUGACAUUGAUAUUGACCUCACCACUGGCCAUGUCGAUGAAGAUGAUAUCCUAGAUGAUGUUGAUGCUGAUGCAGACUUCGACACAAAUAUUACCGACGUACCCGCACAUGUCGAGACAGACGAUCUGAUGCUUGAUGAUGACCGUGAUGAUGCAUCAUACCAUAUGGAAGAUGCAGACUUGUUGGAGGAGGAAGCGGAUGAUCAUAACAUGGAACAGGAACCUGCUGGUUUGUCACUCGCGACCGAUAAUCCUUCCGGUAAUUCUUUCAACGAGGUACAGUCUACAGAGUUGAGCGUCGUGGAUGCCGGCGUUUCCGAUCAAUUUUGGGAUGAUGCUCAAGUGGCACAAGAGUUGGAUGAAGCUGCAAUCGCGCAGGACACAGCAGCAACCGUACAUGGUUCAGAAGACUUAGUCGGCAGUAGUGCCGAUAGUGUCAAGAAUUUAAAUACCAAGGAUACCCGGGAUCUUGCACCUGCUUCGUUUCCUCAUUCGCCUACUGAUGAAAAUACACAAUCUAACAGCCCACAAAAUCACAAUUACGAUGAGUCUAACAGAAAGAGUCUCGAGAACAAUUUAGAUGAGUCGACGUAUAUUGUCAAGGCGAAUGAUCCCAAUGUAUAUGCCGAGGAUGAAGAACAUCUCGACUUGAAUACGGCACCCACUGAAAGUGCCCCAAUCGAUACUAGCACAAAUGCCGAGGAUCAAGGACAAGAACGUUCCGAUCUAAACACAGCUCCUGCUGAAAAGAGCUCGAGCGACCCAAAUGGCCCUACACUCGAUUCCUCGAAAGAUUUAGAAAAUCAACAUCAUGCUCGUGAAAUAGUAGUCAAAUAUAACGACCGAAGUUAUCCAUUGAUCAGGAAGUAUGCCACGGAUCAUCCCAACGAAUUUUUCUUCGAAGACCCUUCCGUAGUGGAGAAACCGUUCAAUGAGUUUUGCUCAGAAAUCCGUAAAGUUCUAAUGGAGGAAAAUUUACCAAAAGAUGACAAGAUCAGUUUAGUUAUUGAAGAGCUUCAAUUAGUGAUUGAAGAGGUCAGUAUUCACAAGAAAAUCCCACCAUCACAUCUGACUAUGGCUAAAUUCCUCGGUAGUCUCAACUCACAAAUUACCCUGAUGACCUGAGCCUGGGCCAAAUCAUUCGCCUAUAUGAAAGACUGGUCAACAAUGAUGGGACCGGAGAAAUUCCCCCUUUAAACCUGAGACUCAUCAUACAGCCUACAGGAUAUGAUAGAUUCUUAGCACUCUCAAAUGGGGCUGCUGAGGGUAAAGGAUUACUUGAUUUUGUAACUUGGGACGCCGAGAGUGAAGACGAUCAAACCGAGUUCGAAGAGCCGACGGAGCAUGAUGAUAGUCAAUCUCCUUCCGACGGGUUUGAUCCUGAGCUUGAGGAAAAGGACAAAGCCAUUGAAGCCAAGAAUGUGUAUGACGGGAACUCUAACCAUGGCUCGCAUGAUGAACGACCGCAUCCCGAGCAUGCCGAUUCUGCCACUUCAGUCAGUGCUGAAACCCCACAAGGGGAGCAGGAUGAUGUGCAAAGAGAGGUUGAUCAUCAGCAGUUAGCACCUGCAGAAGUACGAAAAUCGCCUAGCACUUCCCAGAAACCUGAUAGUGAGAUUGAUGAAGAUGGAGACUUUAUUGAUUACGAGGAUGAAGAGGACAUCGAAAAGCCCUUGAAUGAUGGAGCUUUGGAGCCCGAACUGCCUGUGACCGAUGAAAGCAGACCACAAAACGGUAGAUCCACCGAUUUUAAUUUGCCAUGCAUUCUUCCUGACACUUGUUUUUGUUCCACCUGUAAUGACCUUGUUCUAACUGAAUGUCGAGCGGCAGAAGAAGAGUCUCGUCGGAACUCAGUCUCGCUUAAAGAAGAGAAUACUGUUAAUGGAGUGGAGAGCCAAGUGGGCGACGACGAAACGACCCAUACUGAUGAUACUGCUCAGCCCGAGGAAACCUUUCAAGACGUAGAAAGCGACAUUGAUUACGAGGAAGAGAACGCCGAUGACGGCUUCAAUGCCGAGGGACAAGAGGGCUCGGAACCAAAUGGCCUCGAAAAUGCCGAAAAUGGGAUCAAAAUAAACGCAACCAAUGACGAGGACCGUGAGUACGCCUUGUACGACGACAACAAUGAGAUCGACCAAACUGCAGAUGAUGAAGGCCUUGGUCUAGCGGAUACUACCCAGGAAGUACCUCACGAUGUUAACAAUGAGACCGAGGACAAUGGAGACGGCGAAGGCUUAGAUCUAGCGAACCAUACCCUGGAAGUAAAUAACGUGGAUAUUAGCUACAACACUGAUCUUGAAAAUGGAGAACAUUACAACUUCGACGAGGAUGAGUUUGAUCUAGGUGUUGGCGACGAAGAAGAGACCGACUUUCUUCAAAAUUAUCAACAAGACGAUGAAAUUGGCAAUAAUGAAUUACUGCGCAUAUCUGUGGCCGAGGAUGCCACCACUACCAAUAUUUCGUUCGACGACAGAGCAGCGGAGACAGACAGCGCUACAAUAAGCAAUGCUUCUACCGCUGAAGUCCAGGGGACGAAGCCAGGCCUUGCCAAUGGACAGGAUCAAGAAGACGAAAUUGAUUACGAUGAUGACGAAGAGGAUCCGGCGUCACCAGUGAUUGUCCCUCAAUCUCCGACCCCAAAGUCCGAGGAUUCACCAGUUUCAAACUCGGGAAAGAGGCCUAGAGCUGAAACAGACUUUGAAGAUGGUGACGAGUCGAUCACCAACGGUUAGUAUUUUCAAAGGAUUUUCAAAGUUAUCGGGCACUAAGCUAAUAAUGAAUAGAAGCUAAGCGAAUUCGAUCAUGAUCUUAACACGACAUGAUAGUUCUCAUUCGGCUCAUACAGUUUUCCACUUUGACUUGUCCACUGUUUAUCGUUGUGAUUAUGAUAACUUUUCAACGUCUUCGAAGUCUGUUAAGCCAGCUUUUUCCGUAGUUAACGGAUAAAGUAUUCAACGAUAGAUUACUCAAUGACGAAUUGAUGAUUCGGCACACCUGCCACGCGCGAACAAACAACUUCAGAAAAAAAGGACUUGAAACGACUCUUUCUUUACGGUAGGUUUUCAUAGGUAUGAUGAUAUUAACCCUUUCUAAUCUUUCCCGUUACCCCUAAUCCAUCCCCUUUCGUUCCUGUGAUACGAUCCGAUCCUGCACUCAAAUUCUAGCAACUGGUUUCGUAGCAUAUAAAGCGCACUUUAGUGGUCAUGUGGUGAUCGAAGAAGACCAGAAUUUGGGUAAUAUGCGAGGACUUUUUAUGGAGUUUGGCUUUGCAAGAUAUGUAUAUGCACGAUACCCUUCGAUAUAAGAUGGUUUGGUUUUGGGGGCGUGCAAUCUUCAAGGCCAGCAAAUGGAUGGGAAAAUAAUGUUGUAGUUCGCAGUGGUUGCCUAUUGCCCUUAAAGGGAAUGGAUAUUUGGCUAUCAGUCCGCAGUUACUAAAAGUUUUCGACAUAAAAUCAUAACCAUACU